CAUGCCAUGCUCGCAAAAUAUGUUUUGUGUGAUUUCAAGGAGAGGGUGUUUUGCUGUGGCGGGAGUGAAGCCUGCAUUCUAGUUGAUAUUCGAACGUGAACAGCCGUCGAAUCUCCUGAGACAAAACAUUUCUUGGCGUACAUGAGGAAAUCAACAGGCAUCCAGCCAGUCUCUACAUGAGGGAACAAACUGAGCCCUCUAGCAUUAGCCACAAUAGUCUGGUCCUUCAAGGAUUUAAAGUUUCUGCUUUGUUUGCUAUUUCAAAGCCCAUUGCAGACAUCGCUCACAACUAUAUGCUUUCCACUGAAGAGAUAUUUACCUGUUUUGGACGUCUGUUCAUGAAGACAUCUCCAAAUGAGCCCACACAGACUUUACAGACAGGAAAGACCAGGGUUGGAAUAUUAUUAGUUGAUAAAAAGCGGUGUUAGUUGGCAGUAUUUACCGGUCAGGACUUCCUGCACCCU